AAACACCCCACAACCACCGUCCAAAAUCACAUCAAUUGUCUUCAUUUCUCCAGCUCUGAACAGUGAAACCCUUUUCUCACUGGCCCAGUUUUCUGCAACCAAUCCCUCUUAGUUUGUGCUUUCAAUUUAAUUUCUUGGUGUUUUUUUUCUCUCCUUUUGGAACCCACAAAGACAGAGAAACAGAACAAUGGGAAAAGCCUGGACCAUGCUUACCCAACUUCAUUCACUGGCAGGGCCAGUGGUGACGUUGCUUUACCCCUUAUAUGCAUCAGUGAUAGCCAUAGAGAGCACAUCUAAGAUAGAUGAUGAGCAGUGGCUUGCUUAUUGGAUCAUCUACUCUUUCCUCACUCUCUUGGAGAUGGUAAUCCAACCAGCUCUAGAGUGGUUACCAAUUUGGUAUGAAGUGAAGCUUGUGUUUGUGGCAUGGUUGGUUCUUCCACAAUUCCAAGGUGCAGCUUUCUUGUAUGAGAAAUAUGUGAGACAGCAGCUCAGGAGGUAUAGAGAUGGGAGAGAUCAUCCUCAAUCCUCCCAGAAGUCCCCCACUGGGAAAGGAAAGAACAAGUUUGUGCAGUUCAUGACCCCCAAGAAUCAGGGGGAGCAGGAGGCUUAUUGAGAAGGGCAGAGCAAGAAGAGGCUUGCCUUUUGGUGUGAAAGAGUGAAGCUUCUUCAACCAUCGUCUUCUUUUUCACCUUUGUGCCUUUUACUUUAGUUGUUUUUAACUUUGACUUUAACCUCCUCCAAUGUACAACUUGAUGACUUUUUGGGCUUUUGUGGCCUUUCUUCAUGAUGUCUAAUAUAGAUGAGACACAUGUUAUCAGAAAUCGGUGUUAUAUCACUUUCUGUUCUCUCU